AUGAAACCAUUAAAUAAUACGCUUAGAUCUUCUAGAGUAAAUAACACUGAUUCUUAUCAAUUAGAAUUAGAGUAUUUAAGUCAAAAAAUAUUUGAACGAUAUUACCCAUUAAUGCUCAUUGAUGAUGAUGAAAAUCAAACAUUGAAUAGAUUGGUAAAUAAUACUGACAUUAAUUUAUCAUAUAAAAUACUUAAAUUAUGUAUUGAAGAUGGCAUAUUAAUUAAUAAAUCAUCUCCUGCUAUUCUUGCUGAACAAAGAAAAUUCCAGUCAAUAAAAAGAUUCAUUGAACAACUUCCUGAAGAUCCUCUUGUUGAACAAUCAAAAACACUUCAUCAAUUAAUUGAUAAAACAAAUGAGGUUUUAGACAAAUAUUAUAAUGAACUUAAUUUAUCAAAAUCAACUACAUCAAAUGAUUUAGUGCUUUAUUCUUUAAUAACAAAAAAAUAUCAAGGAGUAUUAAAUUGA